GUGGCUGCGUGCUGUGUUUUGUAGUGUACAGGGUGCUCUAUGUCCCCUCCUGGAGCCCCCCCGCCACCCAACAAAUGGCAGCUAGGAAGUUUAGUGCACGUGAUAUGCGAGGAAAUACGGUUCUCUGUGAACUUCAUCUGUGGGGAGGAGCCCAAAUCCAAUAUAGCCUUUCACUUCAAGCCCCGCUUCGACCAGAACUCUGUGGUGUUCAAUAGCUUCCAGAACCACAGCUGGCAGUGUGAGCAGGUGAUGGAGGGGAACCCGUUCAAGCACGGGGCCUCCUUCCUGCUGGAGUUCUACAUCACUGACCAGCACUUUGAGGUUGUUUUGAACAAGAAGGUGUUCGGGCAAUUCAAGCACCGCAUCCCCCUGUGUGGAGUGAAGGUCCUGGAGAUCAAUCCUGAGGUGCAGAUUCAGAAGAUUGAGCUCUUCUAGGUUGUCCCAGAACAAAGAAAACCCCAGUAAUGGGGACCCUGCACUGGGGAUCCUGCAGGGAUCUGCUGAUGGAGGUGGAGCGUUACCAAUAAAGUAGC